CCCCUGCCCACACAGGCCAGCUGCAUCCAGCCGAGCGGGGACGCACCAGCCCAGUCAAUCAGCCCCACCAGAGUCUCAGCCCGUAGGUUCACCUUGGAGGGAGCGUCCGUGCGGCAGGCACCGAAGCACCGUGGCAACAGCGAGGUGGCAUUCCCAAGAUCCUAAACCUCAACCUCCUCCUUCCACAGAUUUUUCCAAGUCUCCCUUUAAAAUGCCACGCGGGUUCCUUGUGAAGAGGACGCACCGAGGAACGCCUGUCUCGUACCGGAUCCGGACUCCGCCGAACGAACAUUUCCCAUCCUCGCAACCGGGCCCUGCAGUCCAUCGAAAGCAGCCCAAAGUUGGGGGGCUGCCUGACACCCAGCUUCCCAACCUGGCCCCCCUGCGCCUCAUCAGUGCCAUGCCGCUCUCCAGCUGCCACGAUCGGGGGCACAACGCCGGGUGCCCGGCGCCAGGAGAAUCGGCACCUGCUUGCCCCUUGCAGUCUCCUGGUUCAGGCUCGGCCUGUGCCGGGGCCAAGCCGAUGAAGAGGGCCAGCGUGGCGCGAGGGGGCCUAGUCUUGCUGGGCGCCUUCGUCUGUCAGCUGUGCCAGGAGUCUUACCCCGGUCCGCUGGCGUUGGCACAACACUGUUGCUCCCGCAUCGCCCGGGUCGAGUACCGCUGCCACGAGUGUAACAAAGCUUUCAGCUGUCCGGCCAACCUGGCUUCCCACCGCCGCUGGCACAAGCCCCGAAGAGAAGGACACCUGGAAGGAGCCAAGGAGAACGAGAACCCCAAACCAGCCCAUGACUCCGGUGCCCUGCUGCACCCCGAGCUCUCGGAGGGGAGCUAUGGCUGCCCGCACUGCCCCAAACGCUUCCGACGGAGGGCUUACCUGUCUAAACACCUGGCACUGCACGAUGCCACCGGGCCGGUGCUCUCCGAAAGCCAGCGUCUGCAUGGCAACCGUCUCUCGGCCUCUUGGCCUCAAAAACCAUUUUAAUACUUGCUUUUUCCAAAGACAGCUGGCAGAGAUUUCCCACCCAGGCGGAGACGAUGCUGCCUUUGCAAGCUGACAAGUUUAGAGUUUAUUCCCGUCCCCCCCCCCCCGUGACUUUUCCUGGGCAGGUGGUGGGAACGUCCAGGCAGUCCAUACACGCAGGACCGAAAGCCCGUGUUGUGUGCCCUGACGAGACAGGUUCACCCUUGUCGUUGGUGUCCUUCAGCCGAGGGAGGGGAGAGACAGUGUUGUUUGAAGGGGUGGGUGGAAGGAGAUAUGGGGGUUUGGAUGCAGAGGUAUCUUUCUCUGCACCCCCAAAUUAGCUUCCCGCCGAUGGAGGAAGGGAAACAACGCUCAAAAUAAGCAUUUUUGCUGUAAAGCUUUCCCCUUUUGAGGAUAGGGUGCUGGUUUACGGGGGACUUUUUGUGAAUGGAAGGUAGAGUAAAAAGACUUUUUUUUAAAAAAAAAAAUCUAAACCUUUCUUGUGUCUUUUCUACCCGUGUGAAAGGAGCAAAAUGCGAGAAAGAUGUUGGCAAGUUGGGAAUUUGAAGUGAAAAAUAAUGUUAUCGCAGAACUUAAAAGGUAUGAGAAGCGAAAAGGCGAUACUAUUCCAUCUAGCUUUUUCACCAGCCGAUAAUUAUUUCUACUGAAUCGAACAGAAUAGAAUAAUA